CUUCUUCAAGGAUACUGGUAGUCGCGUGUUCACGAGAUUGCUUCAGCUGUCAUAAAUACUAGGAAAAAUGUCUCAGUGUUUGAAUCUUGUCAAAUUUGGAGUGUUUGCUUCUAAAGCAGUGAACGCAAGACUUUUAUUUUCUGGGCGACGUGUGGGGAGCAGGAUUGCCGCGGCGGCGUUCAGUUACGGAGCUAAUCCCUGGGCGACACCACGGGGGUGUGUUGGGGGUCUCCAUGCUUGGAGCUCCAGGUACCCGAGUCCAGCUGCGAGCCCGGCGCUGCUCCAGCGUGCAUACAGCUCGCAGCAGCCGGAGGUGGCUGAGGAGGAGCCGCUGCACACCAUCAUCAGCGACACGGAGGACGUCCAGGGUUCCUCAUCCAAACAUGAGUUCCAGGCAGAAACUAAGAAGCUUCUGGACAUUGUGGCCAGGUCACUGUACUCAGAGAAGGAGGUGUUCAUUCGAGAACUGAUCUCCAAUAGCAGUGAUGCCCUGGAGAAGCUGCGGCACAAGCUGAUGGCAGCAGGGGGCACUAGCGAGUCCAUGGAGAUCCAUCUGAAGACAGAUGCUGCCAAGGGCACCUUCACCAUACAGGAUACAGGAAUCGGUAUGUGCAAGGAGGACCUGGUCUCCAACCUGGGCACUAUAGCCCGUUCUGGCUCAAAGGCCUUCCUGGAUGCUCUGCAGAAUCAGGCUGAAGCCAGCAGCUCCAUCAUUGGCCAGUUUGGCGUAGGCUUCUACUCCACCUUCAUGGUGGCCAACCGCGUGGACGUCUACACCCAGUCCGCAGAGCCCGGCAGCCCUGCUUACAAGUGGUCUUCAGAUGGCUCAGGGGUGUUUGAGGUCACUGAGGCCAGUGGGGUGAGACCCGGGACCAAGAUAGUUCUGCACCUUAAAGACGACUGCAAGGAGUUCUCCUCUGAGGACUGUGUCAAAGAGGUGGUCACCAAAUACAGCAACUUCGUCAGCUUCCCCAUCUUCCUGAAUGGGCGUCGACUCAACACCCUGCAGGCCCUGUGGAUGAUGGACCCCAAAGACAUCAGCGAAUGGCAGCACGAGGAGUUUUACCGCUUUAUUGCUCAGGCAUAUGACAAGCCGCGCUACACGCUACACUACCGCGCAGACGCGCCCCUCAACAUCCGCAGCAUCUUCUACGUGCCCGACAUGAAACCCUCCAUGUUCGACGUGAGCCGGGAGAUGGGCUCCAGCGUUGCCCUGUACAGCCGCAAGGUUCUGAUCCAGACCAAGGCUGCUGACAUCCUGCCCAAGUGGCUGCGCUUCCUCCGUGGUGUGGUGGACAGUGAGGACAUCCCCUUGAACCUGAGCAGAGAGCUCCUCCAGGAGAGCGCCCUCAUCAGGAAGUUGCGGGACGUCCUGCAGCAGCGUGUGAUCCGGUUCCUGCUUGACCAGAGCCGCAAGGAGCCGGAGAAAUACGCCCGCUUCUUUGAAGACUAUGGGCUCUUCAUCAGGGAAGGCAUAAUCACUACAGCCCAGCAAGACGUCAAGGAGGACAUCGCGAAGCUGCUGCGGUUCGAGUCCUCGGCGCUGCCGGCCGGCCAGCAGACCAACCUGCAGGAGUACGCCUCGCGCAUGAAGGCCGGCACCCGCAACAUCUACUACCUGUGCGCCCCAAACAGGCACCUGGUGGAACAAUCACCCUACUUCGAGGCCAUGAAGAAGAAGGACAUGGAGGUGCUCUUCUGUUAUGAGCAGUUUGACGAGCUGACGCUGCUGCACCUGAGGGACUUUGACAAAAAGAAGCUGAUAUCUGUGGAGACUGACAUUGUGGUGGAUCACUACAAGGAGGAGAAGUUUGAGGACAGCACACCGGCUUCUGAACGUCUGACGGAGGGGCAGUCCAACGACUUGAUGGCCUGGAUGAGGAACGUUCUGGGUCAGAGAGUCACCAACAUCAAGGUCACCCCCCGCCUGGACACGCACCCGGCAAUGAUCACGGUCCUGGAGAUGGGCGCUGCCCGACACUUCCUGCGUACUCAGCAGUUGGCUAAGAGCUCCGAGGAGAGGGCCCAGAUCCUGCAGCCCACCCUGGAGAUCAACGCUGGCCAUAGCCUCAUCAAGAAACUCAGUGAGCUGAAGGACUCCGACACGGAGCUGGCCCAGCUGCUGCUCGAGCAGAUCUACGACAACGCCAUGAUCACAGCUGGCCUCAACGAUGACCCCCGACCCAUGAUCUCACGGCUGAAUGACCUCCUGACCAAGGCACUGGAGCAGCGCUGAAGGCAUUUAUUUCAUCACUGUGGCCCUAUUGAACAGUGACCCCAGGCCCCCUCCCCAUUGUUUAGCUGAGCUGCUCCCCACAUGGUCUGUCAGAUCGCGGUCCCUCAUGCAGACGACAAUGGACUGGUGAAGCCUACCCUCCAAAUGACUGAUUGCGAAGCUACUCAGAUUUGUCUGCUUAAGGACGUUUAACAAGAAUGGGAAACAAGUGUGACUGUGUACAUUGUAAAUAAAUAGGAAACCAUCAUUAAACUGUAACUCAUAGUGAA